CACUUCCAGUUACACUUUCCUCAUGCUCAUGCAUCACAAACGUGUACAUUUUGUAGAUUUUCUCCAGCGUGUUUGGUCUUCAGAAGUGUAACAGAGGUGACAAGAGGACGUGCUGUUUAGUCAAAUUUUCACAUCAGAAAGGACUCAUCAAGGAAUUCUAAAAGCUGUGGAGCUAUGUGGGUCAUGGUGACCUUGCUGCUGUCCUUCUCCAGUGGCACUCUGUCUCUAGAUAAACUCAACAUGUGCAUGGAUGCAAAACACCACAAAGCAGAACCUGGUCCUGAGGGGGACCUUUACCAGCAGUGCUCUCCGUGGAAGGAAAACGCGUGCUGCACAGCCAACACCAGCACUGCCCACAAUGACAACUCCUACCUCUACAACUUCAACUGGAACCACUGUGGUAUGAUGACAAAGAAGUGCAAGAAGCACUUCAUCCAGGACACUUGCUUCUAUGAGUGCUCGCCACACCUGGGCCCCUGGAUACAAAAGGUGGACCAGAGCUGGCGUAGGGAGCGUAUCCUGAAUGUGCCUCUGUGUCAGGAGGCCUGCCACCAAUGGUGGGAGGACUGUAAGAAUGACAUCACCCUGCAAGAGGACUGGCACACAGGAUGGGACUGGACCUCAGGUACCAACAAAUGCCCCAAUGACACCAAGUACAAAUGGACCAAAAUUUUCCCCACACCCAAGUCCAUGUGUAAAAUCUGGUCCAACUCCUACCUUUACACCACUCUGGAAUCAUCAGGCCGCUGCAUGCAGCUCUUCGAGGGGCAAAAUCCCAACAAGAAGGUUGCUGAGUACUACCUCAAUGCAGUGCAGCAGCAAAGCAUUGCCUGGACAACGGUGCUCCUCAUAACUAUGGCCUCCUUCUAUUUAACCAUGUAGAGAAGAAAGGUGUUCGGUGCAGAGUCUCGGUGGAUGGGGCCACUUGAAGUCCACUCAGAUUGUUUCUAACUAAUUUGUUCUUUUGAGUCUUUGAUGCUCCAAACUGAUAUUAUGGCAGACCCUCAUUUAAAAU